AUGGCCGACAACGUCUACAUUUGGAAGGAUAUCAAGAAGCUGAUCGACCAGAAGAACAAAUACCCCGAGGGUCACGCCGCCGACAAAUAUGUCCUUAACUGUACUGCUCGUAUCUUGACCGGAAUACUUCAUACCAGCCACUGUGUCGCCUGGUCUAUCCUCCUCCGCGACGCUCGGGCGAAGCUUGCCGAGGCCAACGACAUUUACUGGCGCGCCAGUGCGCGGGAAAUGAAGGACAGAAAGCCGACUGGCAAAAUCCAUGUGGCCUACGGGCUGGCUUUGCAAAGGGACUUCUUCAUCGAGCUGGUGGAGUGGCUCCAGUUCUCCACGAGCAGCAUGGAUUAUGACGAGGAACUCCAGAGGAAGCUGCAGGAUACCGAGCAGAUGCUGAAGAAGACCCAGAAGAAGCUGUGGGAAACCGAGAAGAUGUGGAAGGAAAACGAGAAGUGGCUGGACAACACUGAGAAGGUGGCGGAGAAAAUUGAGAAGAGGCUGGGGGAAACUAAGAAGAAGCUGGGGGAAACUGAGAAGACACUGGAGGUAACUAAGGAGAGGUUGAAGAAGUUGGAAAAGCUGGAGGGGCUGGAGAAAGCAAAGACGAUCGAGGAAUCCGCGAAGAAGUUGAAGAAGGCAAAGAAGUUGGAUGAACUCCCGGAGACGCUGGAGGAACCCCCAAAGAAGCUGGAUAAGGCAAAGAAGCUGGAUGGAUUCCCGAAGAUUCCGGAGGAACUCGCAGACAAGCUGGAGAAUCUCUGCAUUAAGCAGGACUUGAAUGUUUUCGAUGACGAUGAGGAUUGGGUCAUUGUCGAGGCUGGCUCUGCUUAG